GAAGAGACGAGAGGGGAGGGAGGGGUGCGUUUGUACAGAAAGGUGAGAUGGAAGACAUGUAGUCUCUCCUCUUGUGGAGGCCUUCAGGAAGGUAGCAGCACUCAGGGUUUUUAAACGUUUUCAUUUUUUGUUUCUGGGCGGUUUGGAGGGAAGAUGUCGCCACGACUGUGUUGACCAGGAUGCUCUGAAGAAGGCAUAACUAUGGAGAGAGAGGAGACCGAAGUCGAUACGUCGCCUUCCUGGUCCCCCGUGGGGAGAGAGAGGCUCUUUACCUGUGCAAAUCUUUCUGACUACGCUGGGAAGAAACGAAAGCAGGAUACCAGCAGUGAGGCAGAGGCAGCGGCCAGAGGCCCAGAGCACCAGGAUGAAGAUGACACCAUCAGCAGCCUUGAGGCAAGCAAAGAUCUGGAGGAGCCCAGUAACAAACGGGUGAAGCCAGUGGGGAAGGGGGCGGGGAUGUCUGGAUUCAUGGGUCCUGUCAAAACCCCUGCCCUUAAGCGCCUGGGACAGUCCAUCCAGCGUUCCAUCAGCUUCCGGACAGAGGCACAGCCCCUCCCCAUGGCCCCCAUUAGAACGCGGCAGAAGGCCAGUUCGUUCCCACGGCGACGCAACAGUCAGCUGUGGAGUGACACGGUGGACACUGUGAGUCAGGAGCUCACCACUAAGGAGAUCAAACGACAGGAGGUGAUCUACGAGCUCACACAGGGAGAGAAGCAGCUCAUUGAGGACCUGAGUUUGGUGAAAAAGGUGUACUAUGAGCCCAUGCUGAAACUAGAAAUCAUGACAGAGAGUGAGCUGGGGCAGAUUUUCGGGACCCUGGACUCCUUAAUUCCCCUACACGAGGACUUCCUGUCGCGGCUGGAGGGGCUGAGGGGAGCAGAAAAGACGGUGGAGCAGGUGGGGCCCACACUGCUGGAUUGGUUCCCGCAGCUGGAGGCCUACAUCACGUACUGCUGUAACCAGGUGGGGGCGAAGGCGCUGCUGGACCAGAAGAAGCAGGAGCGGCCCGUGGAGCACUUCCUGCGGCUGUGCCAGGAGUCCUCCUUCAGCCGAAAGCUCGACCUCUGGAACUUUCUGGACCUGCCGCGCAGCCGGCUUGUCAAGUACCCGCUCCUGCUGAGGGAGAUUGAGAAGAGCACCCCAGCCGAGCAUCCCGACCUGGACACUCUGCCCCAGGCUCUGGAGCUGAUCCAGAGCAUCAUCUCAGAGGUGAACAGCAAGACAGGAGAGGCCGAAUGCCAGUUCUACAGACGGGGGCUGUCCUACCAGGAGGAGGGCCAGAGACUCUCCGAGAUCCAGCUCUCUCGCUUCCUCUACUGCCACGGGGAACUCAAGAACAGCAAGGGCCAGAAGCUGCACGUGUUCCUGUUUGAGCUGGCUCUGGUUCUGACCCGCCCCAUGGCUCAGGAUAAGGAGGGGGGGGUGCAGUUCCAGGUCUACCGUCAGCCCCUCCCCACCGCGCACCUCCUGCUGGAGGAUCUUCCGGACGGGGAGGGCGGAGGGGGCGGGUCGUUCCGCGGAGCCUUCACCUCCACCACUGACAAAGCUAAGAACUGCUUCAGGGUGAGUAUCCAGGGCCGGUCCAAGGCCCAGUCCCACAGCCUGCAGGCCAACGAUUCGUUCAACAAGCAGCAGUGGAUCAGCUGCCUCCGCCAGGCCAUCGUCCAGUCACGCGACAGGGAGUCUCAACCCAGCCAAUCCUGGCUGCUCCCCCAGACCUCUCCUGACCCUGCCCUCUGUCACAUAGCCGAGCUGAGUCUGAGCUCUGACUCGGAGAUGAUGGACACAUAGUUUUAUAAAGCACGUUCAGAGGGUAGGUUUUCGAAAAAAGACUUCAAAAAGAAAACUUCUUAACUCUGUUUAAAAAAAAAAAAAAAAUCCUCUUUCUCUUCCCAGACCUAUGCAAAACUUAUUGUGAAUGUUUCAGAUUUCUCCGAGUGGUUCAAGUUCAAUUUUGUCUUUCUUUCCAUAGAUAUGACCCUAAAGCUCUUUUUAAAAUCUCUAUGAGAAUGUAUGAUCCAAUUAGUUCACAAAUGUACCAGCAUGUCGUUUUUAUUUUGUGUAAAUUAAAGAAUUGGACUUUGUAA